UACUUGUCAGGGACUGGUGGUCAAAUCGACCCUGUCGUUUAUCGAACAAUUUUUUUUUUUUUUUUUGUAACCAGAACCGUGCACUGGGUAAAGACUUUUUCCUUGCUCGGCAAUGCAACUGGACCGGAUCUACUUCUUUAACUCAUAAUGGCAGUACUUGAUACUAUAAUCUACUACUUCUCAUGGCUUUGUGUGCUAUGGUACACUUUCAUGGCUUUAUUAUCACUGCUCGGCUUGACUGUGUCACGAUGUCGAUAUACGAAGAAAGAUACUCCCAAGUCUCCCAGUAUGCUUACACCGCCGAGUGUUUCAAUUCUUAGACCUCUCAAAGGAUUGGAUAUCAAUUUGCGAGAAAACUUGCUCUCCUCCUUUUGUCAAAACUAUCCAGCCUAUGAAAUUAUCUUCUCGGUCGCAAAGGAAGAUGACCCUGCUAUCCCUGUUGUUAAGGAACUGAUGGAGGAACACCCGGAAAUAGAAACGAGAUUAAUCAUUGGCGAUGUCGCGGCCGGAAUAAAUCCGAAAAUUAAUAACCUCAUCAAGUCAUACGAUUCUGCACAACAUGAUAUUCUCUGGAUUCUUGACUCCAAUGUUCAAGUUCAUGCUGACGCUUUGGCUCGGUCGGUCGAUGCUAUUUUGAAGCCAAAGGUCGGUCUGGUACACCAUCUUCCAUUAGCCACCAACCCAAGCAGUUAUGGCGCAGAAGUUGAACAGGUCUUUUUGGACACAAACCAUGCAAAGAUGUAUAUUGCUAUCAACUUUGUGGCUGUGGCCUCCUGUAUCAUGGGUAAAUCCAAUCUUUGGCGGAAGUCAGAUCUGGAAAAGGCUGGUGGUUUGCGACAAUUUGCUCAGUAUAUGGCAGAAGAUAAUAUCAUUGCCGAAGCGCUUUGGGCUCAGGGACUGAAGCAUGUCAUGACCUGUGAUACUGCCAACCAAAGUUUGGGUUCAUUGUCACCGAAGGAUUAUUGCUUAAGACGGUCUCGAUGGGUGCGUGUUCGCAAAUACAUUGUGACAGCUGCCACUUUGGUUGAACCCAUUACCGAGUCUAUCAUCUGUGGUCUUAUGGGUGCCUUUGGGUACAGCUCAAGAUUCGGUGUUUCCUUUGGCCUUUUCUUUUUAAUUCACUGGCUCUGUUGGUUCCUGUGCGACUACACACUUUACCAUACCUUCCUUGGCAGCGCUCAAUUGAAGCCUCAGCCCUUGCUUCAUUUUGUUCGAGCAUGGUUUAGCCGUGAGAUUCUCGCUCUUCCAUUGUAUGUAUAUGCCAUGGUCGGCGACAAAAUCGUCUGGCGUGGAGAGCUCUAUGAACUACAACGGGACGGAACCGGUGUAAAGGUUAGCAAAAAGGAUAGCUUUGCAAAGUUUGCUGGCGUGUUGUAAGGUCGCCUGCUGGAAAUCCGCAUCUCGGCUUUCACUUACAUAAGACGAGACACUGGCUUUUGAAAAUAUAGACAUUUUCUUCAACUACUAUAUACACCUUUAUUAUUUGCCCGUUUAGAUUUAGUA